AAGUAGGCGGCCUCGCCGUCCCGGGCGCAAGCGACCGAGGAGCGCCGUCCCGCGCCUGACGAUGCUGUCGGCCUUGAAGAAGCUGGUGGGCUCCGAGCAGGCCCCGGGGCGGGACAAGCCCAUCCCGGCGGGGCUCCAGUCCAUGAACCAGGCGCUGCAGCGACGCUUCGCCAAGGGCGUCCAGUAUAACAUGAAAAUUGUCAUUCGAGGUGACAGGAACACAGGAAAGACCACUUUGUGGCAUCGGCUGCAGGGAAAGAAAUUUGUUGAGGAAUAUAUCCCAACCCAGGAGAUCCAAGUCACCAGCAUCCAUUGGAACUAUAAGACUACUGAUGAUAUUGUGAAGGUUGAAGUCUGGGAUGUGGUUGAUAAAGGCAAGUCCAAAAAACGGGGAGAUGGGUUGAAGCUGGACAACGAUCCUCAGGAGGCAGAAUCCGAGAUGGCCUUGGAUGCGGAAUUCCUGGAUGUAUAUAAGAACUGCAACGGUGUCGUGAUGAUGUUUGAUAUCACCAAACAGUGGACUUUCAACUACAUCCUGAGAGAACUUCCAAAAGUCCCAACCCAUGUACCUGUCUGCGUGCUUGGGAACUACCGAGACAUGGGCGAACACCGGGUGAUCCUGCCUGACGAUGUGCGGGAAUUCAUUGACAACCUGAACAGGCCUCCCGGCUCCUCCUACUUUCGUUAUGCCGAGUCUUCCAUGAAGAACAGCUUUGGCCUCAAAUACCUGCACAAGUUCUUCAACAUCCCCUUCUUGCAGCUGCAGCGAGAGACUCUGCUGCGGCAGCUGGAAACCAAUCAGCUGGAUAUUGACGCCACCCUGGAGGAACUCUCCGUGCAGCAGGAGACCGAAGACCAGAACUAUGAGCUGUUCCUCGAAAUGAUGGAAGCUCGUGGCCGGGGACAUGCCUCUCCUUUAGCCACCAAUGGGCAGAGCCUUUCCUCAGGUUCCCAGUCUCCGGUGGUUCCACCGGGCAAUGCUUCGGAGGGCUCCAGCCCCGGCACCCCCCAGCAGAGCUUGGCCAACCCCGCCCUUGCCACGGACCCCGCUGAUCCUCCAGCACCAGGGCUGCCGCCGGAAGCCCAGCCACCCGCAGCCAUUCCUGCACCAGCUGCACCGCAGAAACGUGGUAUCAUCGCUCGGCUCUUUGGGACCUCCCCAGCUCCCGAGACUGGUGCUCCCUCUCCAGAUCCUGCCCUUCCUGCCCUUCCUGCAGUUGCUCCCUUGAAAGUCCAGAGCGUAGAAGACUUUGUCCCCGAGGAGAGCCUGGACCACAGCUUCCUGGAAGACCCCACCCUGCAGAGAGACAAGGGGGGGAAACAGGCAGGAAAGGCUCCCACCGACAGUGACAGUGACAGAGAUGCUCCUGGUGGGAACCCCUUGGUUGCUGGCUUCCAGGAUGACCUGGACCUGGACGAGCGUCUCUUCAGCAAGCCCCCGUUAGCAGCAGAGCUGGUCCCCAGCCAAAACGUGAACCUGUCGAGCGAGGAAGAAGAACCCUCCAAGUUCUCUGGAGGGGGGGCUGAGGAUGCUGCCUUAGAACAAGAAAGAAAACGAGCUUCCAAAAAGUCCUUGAGACUCCCAGAGCCCUUGGCACCCUCCACAUCCACAGAGCUGAAAUCUCCCUCUGGCCAACCCCCCCUUGAGCAGAGCAAGAGAGCGAUGGCAGCCGGGGACCCUGAGGCCCGUCCGCCCCCAGUGCACUCUGCCCCCAAGCAGCAGGAGUCCGAGAGCGACUCGGAGGGGCCCUUCGCCACGCAGAUGCUCUCCUUUGUGAUGGACGAUCCAGACUUUGAAAGCGAGGAGUCCGAGAGCCAGAGCAAGCGUCCAGAGGAGUUUCCAGUGCGAGAGGAUCUCUCGGACCUCUCCGAGGAGGAUCCCCCUUCCAGACCUCCCCAGCUGCCCAAGCCCGUCACCCGCUCCUUCCGAGUGAAGAACGAGGCCGAUCUCUUUGGGCUGGGGCUGCAGAAACCGGUGGGCCGGGACAGCAGCGAGGAAGCCGCAGAGAAAGAGAAGCAGUCCUUGAAGGAGAAGAAGAAGAAGAAGAAGAGGACCAGCAAAGAGGAAGAAGCGGAGAAGGUUUCCGGGAGGAGAAAAAGCCGGCCGAAAAAGAGCGAGGAGGAGGAGGAGGAGAGGGGAGAGAAGGAGAAGAGAAAGCCCUCCAAGCAGCAGCGGGGCAAAGCCAAGCCCAACGGGAUCAAUGAGCUGGAGGCCUUCCUGGGGGGCGGUGCUGGGGCCAGCAAGCAGCGGGGGGUUGGAGACUAUGAGGAGCUGUAGCCCCUCCCUAGCCAGGUGCAGGGGGCAGCCGGCCCCAGCCCACCGUCACCACCCCUCCCUCCCUUUCUCUGCUGCCCGUCGCCAGAGGGGCCGGAGCCAGAGGAGGGGCCUGCGAGGGGGUCAGAAGCCCCCAGCCUCUCUGUCCUUUCAGCUGGGGCUCCUGAGAGGGGAGGCUGCCCACGGAGGCUGCAUCGUGUCCCACUCAAAGUGGCCGCUGCCCAUCGGACGAUGGAUCCGUGCUAAUUUUCUUUUUGACGAGAGAAAGGGCUCUGGACCAAUGGCUCCCCUUAGAGCUUGGGAAGUUGCAGGGUCCCAGCCAGGUGUGUGUGGAGUGGGGCAGAGGCCUUCCAUGGGGUGGGGGUGGGGGGUGUUGCAAUGAUGUAGUUUUAUUCUGGCAAUUUGGGGGAGAGAAAGGCAGACAUAGGUGCCCCCUCCUCCUUCCCGCCCGUUUCUCAGUUGCCCCAUUUUGUGCACCCUGGAAGCCCCUGGGAAGGAGGCCAGCCCCAUAGGUGGAGGGGUGUGUGUGCUGUCCACCCCUUUCCUGGCUCCUCCUUUAGUGGGCUCCCCCCCACACACACUUCCCGGAUCCCUGUCUCCCAAUCACUG